AUAAGAAUAUUAGAAGAAUGUAAAUACACAGCAGGCAUGCAGCAAAUCUUAGCAGAUUACCCCAUCUUCCAGUGAUUUGUGCUCAGGUGCUUUGUGAGUUCUCAAAUACAUCAGUACUUGCUCAGUACUUUGUGAUCUCUCUGUCCUGGAAAAUGAGAUGUUUUGCACACCUUGAAAGUGAGAAUCAUGCACAUGAUAACUGUGGUAUGUCUCGUGCAGUGACUCUCACAUAGAAAGAAGCCUCAGAGUGCUGACAAAAAUACACUGACCUACGGAUGCAAAACACAGCUGCUGUAACACCUAUGACUGGGGAGACCUAGCAGAUGAGGAGAGGCCACAAAAAGGUGAAAACAGCUACUGUGGAGAGGCUUGCUCAACUGAAGGAUACAGGGCAGCAAAGAUAACUCAUUGGAACAGUUUGUAUCACACAAAUGCCUUCUUGGUUAUUGUUCAUCCUUGCCAUCAUCACUACGUUUUAUCCUUUAUAAAUGCUUGAAAAUUGGUGGCUGUGACAAAUCUCUUGAGUUCUGGUGUUCAAACCAAAACUGAUCACCACAAAUAUUAAUAGAAAAUGGUGCGUAGUUUUUUUUCACUGGUGUAAUUAUUACUGGAUUUCAUUUGAAUUAAUACUUGAGAUGCAGAUUAGCCUCAACAUCCCAGAGGAAGACAAAACUGGGAAUCAUCUGGGCUGAGCCAAGCAUCAAACUAUUAAACUCUAAAGGUCUGAGAAGAUAGGAAUGUCUUUCAAUUGAAGAGGGCUGUAGAGGCACAGAGAAGUUGAAUUUAGUCACAGGGUGGAAGAUGUUCCUUCCUUCCUGUACUAACACAAGGUGUUACUCCCUUCCCAUUAAGGGUGUGUCAACACAAGAGAAAAUGUCACCAGGAGAAAUGUCAUAAAUUGUCUGCUGAGUGCUGCUUUGUGAUCUUCAGUUUGAAGGGGAAACCUCUCUGCAGGCCUGGAGAACUGAGUGGAGGCAAGUGAAACUCUGAACUGGAGGUGGAUGCAGUGGCCAGUGGAAGACUCUUCCCUGGACAAGGCUGAGAGCCUGGAGAAGGAAAUAUCAGCUGGAAAAAGAAUAAUGGAACGCUGUCUACAUGAAAAUUGUAACUCCACUUGCCCAGAAAUUCCUUAUCAAGAGAGUCAGACACUUCUGGUUGUUGUUUACAGCAUCGUUUCUACUAUAGGUCUUCCAGCAAAUUGCUUAACUUCUGUGCUUACAUUUGUACAAAUCCGAAGGAAAAAAGUAGUUGCCAUCUACAUUUUCAGUUUAUCAUUGUGUGAUCUGAUGUAUUUAAGUACCUUGCCUUUGUGGAUUAUCUAUGUGCAAAACGGGCACAAGUGGACCAUGGGUGACACUGCUUGCAGGGUAACAGGAUUCAUCUUUUUCUGCAAUAUCUAUAUCAGCAUUCUGCUUUUGUGCUGCAUCUCUGUGGAUCGUUACAUGGCAGUGGUGCAUCCUCUGAAAUCAAGGGGGGGAAGACAACAGACAAUAGCCACCAUAAUAGUCUGUCUUCUCUUUGCUCUGGUUGCAGGAAUCCACACUCCAGUAUUUUUUAUGGAAGACAAGCAAAACUGUACAGAGGUGAAAACCUGCUUUGAGACAGUUCCCCUUGAUAUAUUAUUGGCUUAUUUUAGUUUUGCUAGAUUCCUGUUUGGAUUUUUCAUACCCUUCCUAAUCCUGUGUUUUACAAACUGCAAAAUUUUCCAAGCUAUAAAAAGAAGCAGCAGCUUGACUUGUCGCGAGAAAGCCAAAGUGAAGCAUGUGGCUAUUGCCAUUAUUGUUAUUUUCUUGAUGUGCUUUGCUCCAUACCAUGUGGUUCUCUUAAUAAGAGCCAUACACUUUCUGGUUCAUCCGGACUGCCCAUGUCCAUUUGAAAAUAAGAUAUAUUCAGUUUUUACAGUGUUUCUGUGUUUAGGCACUGCAAACAGUGUUGCUGAUCCAAUCAUCUACGUUCUGGUCAGUGAAAACGUCAGAGAAGACUGUUAUAGGUACCUGAGAAGAUGGAGAUGGAGAUGGAACUCAUCCAAGCUAAAUUCAUCCACCGAUCACAAUACUGACAACAUAAAAUUGGAAACGCUAAAAGAAUCAGAGGAAGGGGGCCAAAGAAAAGAAAACAAAGAAAUAACAGAUUCACCUGACAUUCAGGAGGCCUGUACCAGUGGCAGAGACCAGGAAAGUGGCACUUAGCUGGCAGCUGCUAGAACAAAUAAGAAGUUCCCAAUGCCAGCUUCAGGACAGGAGUUUUUAAGUGCUGACAUCAUCUUGCACAUCCUGCACGGGCCAUUAACUCCUUUUGAGGACACUAUGGGAGCAGUAAUUCACAUUUCUGUUUGUCUCCUACAAUUAACUUUGCCCACCAGUACCACUGAUGAACAUACUGCUUUGCUAAGGAUAUGUGAAAUAAAUGAAGUAAUUUACUUUGACUCAAAUUGGGAUCUUAAACAUUUUUAUUUUUGGACUGACUCUUUCUGUCAUAUGAAAUAAAACCUGAUUUAUCUUCUGAGCAAAAAUUUUAAAAAGCAUUGUAGAGGAGGACAAUAUACUGUUCUUAAUGUUGAAAUUUUUGCUUCUUGAGGAGGUACAUGUUCCAGUUCUCAUACGUGAGCUCUGCUGUUAAUGUUUGUGGUUAACCAGUGGAAAAUAUUAAAAAUGAGUAAACAUCUACUCUAGUAUGUAACUUCAGAUUCACCACACAUUCCAGGAGAAAUAGAUGGCAAAAAAAAUGCCUGAUAACACAGACCAACAGUAUUGCUGCUGCAUUAGUCAAGAUCCCACACUGCCCUGAAAUUCUUAAAAUGUACAAUUCUAUAGCUUGAUAGUUCACAAUAAGUAAUUUUUAUUUGUUUUGCAGUCAGACCCAGAAUGUACUGAAAUAUACAGAAAAUGUAUACAUUUCCAAGUGGAGUCAGGGACUGCUUUUAUGCCAUCUCCAAACAUUCGUUGAACUUGUGAUUCGUUUCUGACUAAGCUAACCCUUCCUUUUUGUUAUUGAUCCCACUUUUACUGUGUAGGAGUCUGUAGAAGCUAUGAGUAGGCUCACAGAUGGUAUGGAAGGUUGGUAGUCUGGAGAGCACAGUCCUUCCUCCCCACAGCUGGGAACUCCCUCAAACAUUGUGAGAGAUGGUCUGAAGUUCCCCUCGUCUGCCUCAAGACCAUCCCAGGGACAUAGGACCCUCAGGACCCUGAUGGGAAUUCUGGCCUGCCUGAGGUGAAUGAACCAAAAUUCUGAGGCCCCUGAGCAGAGUUCUGGCUUGCCAAGUGAUUGUUCACAGCUGUGUCUACAGGUGCUGCUUCUAGCAGGGGACAACGUGCCCUAUACACUUGCACCUGCUUCGCAAAAACAGACCAGGAAUUUUCUCACCUCUUGGCCAGGUGAACUUGCUGGGGCAACUUUGGUAGCUCCCCCAUGGAAAAUCCUUAUCUGCUCCACUGCCACCAUCCCAGACAGAGAUUGAAGCCCCCUCCCAAGCACUGAGACUGAGACCCCUAUAAUUCUGAUACAGGAGGGGGUGCUGGCCUGACUAAAGCAAGAUGCCUGCUAAGUGUUGCCUGCAGGUGUGUUCACUGGACCUAGACUGGUUUCCCACAGAAACCAGUCCUGAAACAAUGGGUCCUGCUCACUGCUGAUAUUGAUUUAUCCUGCUGAGAACAUGGACUGUCUGUACCCAUCUUCAAUACCUUUUUCCCCCUCAGCGAUUUCAGUAGACUUAUUCUUUAUUGUAUCUGUUCCCCCUUAGCAAUUUCAAGAUCUGUUUCCCCCCCUUCAGCAAUGGACUGUAAUAGAACCCUGAGAUAACCAGGACUUUGAGAUCUCCUGACGUGACUAGGAGAACUCCAUCGACUGGAUCAUAAGAACUUCAGCUCUCUACAUUUGGUAGCUAUACCCUCUCUCUUUAUCCCUCUCUUUCUCUAUUUUUUUUUCUUUUUCCUAAUUCCAUUUGCUGUAGUCAUUCAAUAAAAGGUGCAUUUAUUUUGAUUGAUAUUGCAAUCCCCUGUUGUUUUUUUUGCACUCUGAGAGCAGCCAAUGAACCAUCAUGACCCCCGUUUGUAUGAGCGGAUUGUGACAGACAUGCUGGGGCAAAUUCCACUGUUGCUGCUACCACUUCUAUUAUAAUAACUUGUUGGCAGUAGUUCCUUGUGCCUUCAAACACAAAUUUAAAAAAUAAGAUUUAUACAAAUCUAGCAAUGUUUAUCUAAACAACUUCUUCAUAUUUUUAUGUGAUUCAACAGACAGAUCAGGAACCAGCUUGAGUAUGAGUUUGUGGAGU